GAUUAUAUCCCAAAUUCGAUUACAAACACCCAUCUUGAGAAUUUAGGUCGAACUAUGACCCGGAGCUUCUCCUCCGCAACCUCCGCAAUGGCUCACACACGUCUGAGAGUCCUGAGAUCUCUUCAGAUACUAUCUAUCAACCGGACUCCCGCUUUUCUCACUCCUAUCGCCCGACAAAAUCUACGUUGUUUCUCCGUCGCAAGGGUCCACCGUAGCUCAGGGCCGUCCGAUGCGCCUACACUGAUAUUCCGCGAUGUAGCACCUCUGAGGCAAUAUCGGAGAAGUCUGUUGAUGAACAAACGAACCGUCGGUCUUGUUCCGACAAUGGGAGCCCUCCACGAGGGGCACCUUUCUCUCGUUCGGCAGGCGGCAGCUGAGAACACGGACGUGUUCGUUACAAUCUAUGUGAACCCAACACAGUUCGGUCUGAAUGAGGAUCUUGCGUCGUACCCAAAAACAUGGGAAGCGGAUCUACAGCUGCUGUACACUUUGGAUCAAGAGCUUGCGAGCGCAGGAGCUGGACGCGUUUCGGCCGUAUUCGCUCCUACCACCAAGACCAUGUAUCCAAGUCUGCCUCCAGAUAGCAGCAUUCCCGGCGUCGGGUCGUUCAUCGAGAUGCGCCCGCUUGGUCAACUUCUUGAAGGCGCGUCGCGACCAGUUUUCUUUCGCGGUGUAGCAACCGUGUGCAUGAAGUUAUUCAACAUUUGCGCGCCUGAUCGAGUAUAUUUUGGGCAGAAGGAUGUGCAGCAAACAGUCGUUAUUCGUCAGUUGGUUAGGGAUUUUCAUUUGGAUAUGGAUGUUAGAAUUGGUGCAACUUCACGCGAGCCAGACGGUCUAGCCUUGUCGUCGCGAAACGUAUACUUGGGAGCCCGUCGGCGCAAUGUCGGCAUCGUGCUCAACCAAUGUCUACGGAAAGCGGAAGCGCAGUACAAAGCGGGGAAGAGAAACCGAGGGGAUAUUCUCUGGCAAGCCAACGAUCACGCGGACAAAGUGCAGUUUGAGCAGGAAAGUUUGGAUCCAAGCAAACGCGCCAGGUUUGAGGUUGACUACAUCAGUCUUGCCGAUCCCGAAACAAUGGAGGAGAUUGACGAAGUGGACGAGACUCGAGGAGCCAUCUUAAGCGGCGCCGUGAAAAUGCUGCCCGUGGAGCAGCCUCUCGAAGGCGAGGAGCUUGGUGUUGGAGACGGACAGAUACCCGUUCGGCUGAUUGAUAACAUCAUUCUCGAACCAAAACAGUAAAUAUAGGGGCAACAACCCCGCGCCACAAGGCAAUGAAACCAGAGUUAUAUCAAUUCGACAUAGGAGAAUGACAUACCCGCCAAUCGUGUAUAAUCUUGACCCAACAAAUUCAUGUUUUUUGAUACACGACCCAGCCAACUUCGUAUCAGCAAAACUUCGACAUGUGAACGUGGGAUUGCAAUGAUCAGGGACAGAUUGAGUCGUUGCCAAUAGACUGGACCAAACAAACAUACCACAAGAAACAACAUUUACCUCCCGCUCCUCGACCCACCGAUUCAAAACAAAGAAUCCUGUACAUCAUCCUCUACGACACAGCACCCCAGGAACACCCGGACACCAUUCCACCAUGAGCGACAGCACUUCACCUCCAUCUAUUCUUAUACACCACGAACCCGAGCAGGGAUCAGUUCGAUCAGCAGAUCACCCUCUCUCGCACGUCCGCAGACACAUAGCGCCAUCUCUUCGAGACACUGUUGCUCCAGGAACGUGGGAUGCCUCGGACGCGAACAGCAUGCACGCCAUUUCGCUGUCCGAGGUCCCAGAUGAGUGGCAGCCCAAGAUGCUGCACAACGAAAUGGCAAAGGGAUAUAAAGACAUCGCUAUCCUGAUUGGUGCCAUCUUUGCAGCGGGCCUGAUAUCGGUUUGGUUGCUGGUUAUGGCCAAGUAAGUGUUUAUAUUAAUUUUAUGCGUUUGCUUUCAUGUUCGGCGUGGUCAUCAAUAUGGAGGGAUAUCAAACCCAACGGAAUCGAUUUCGACUCUUAUUUAAAGGGUGCUUGGAUUGUCUUAUUUUGUUUGCAAGUCUUUGCCGCGUACACGGCGCUUAUAUUUCUUUACAGGUGCCUGUACAACCACGAAUGCUUCUGGCAGUCGGACGGCUGCCUGGGAGAGCGCCAGAAGCGGAGAAGGGAACGUAAGCUCCAACAACAGCGAAAGCUCAUGAAGGACAGGAACCCUUACUACUCUUAUACCGUGGAGACUGUGUAAUUCAUCCAC